AUGGAGCGGGGUGGGGCGCGCGGGCCUGGACCCACAAUUGUCCCCCUGUAUCUGGACCCCAAGAAGAGCCUCUUUAGAGGUCUCAGUUCCAACACAGUCAGCCUCCUGUCUCAGAGUGCAGACUUCGACAGGGGCCUUGAAGAAGUAGAACUUCUCAGUGUGGAGCUGAGGCGUGGGACUAGGGCAGCGGAAAGGCAAAUUGGUAGGCUGGGGACUGCGGAGGCGGAGGAAAGCUCCACGAACCAGGAGAUCAAGAUGCAGGCGGCAGCCUUCAAAAACAAGAAACGGAGGUCCCCGGCCAAUGAAGGUGCAGAUGACCCUGCCUAUGAGAAUAUCACCUUCAAAACCCAGCACCAGCCAAAGGGCGGUCAUUCACCACCGGAGAAUAAAGCCCAGUCCAAGCCAGCCUCCGACCCUGCCCAGGUCCCCCAUUGGUUGCCUAAAGCCAUGAUGAGCCUGUAUGUUCUCCUCGCUCUUAGCCUUCUCCUCAUCAUCCUCUCAGCCUUGGUCCUGGUGAAGAAUUCCGAGAUGUCCCAGGAGCUGCUGGUCUUGAGAAGUGAGCUCCACAACGUCUCUCUUUCGGUGGGAGAGUGCCAGGACAAGGAGAGGAAGCGCUGGAACGAUGUCAAGCAGGGCAUUGACACGGUCACGAGCAAGGUCCAUGAAGGGAACCAGAAACUGAGGACGCUGGCAACAGUCUCAAGCAUAAACGAAAUCAAGACUACAUUACAGGAAAUCCUCCAGAUGCUGAAGAUGCCAAAUCCAAAACUUGUGCCCACGGACAUGCGCAUGGACCCUAAGACAAGUGGACAUGUUCGCAUGGACAUAUGUGUGUCCCUUAGACAGGGCCGCACGGACACGCGCGCCCCCGGGCGGCCACUCUCGGGAAUCACAGAGCGCGCCCCGCCCGUCCCGCCUCGGCGCCUGCGCACGCCGGGCCUUUUACGGCGCCGUAAAGCAACUCGGCCGAAUCGGCUGCCGCAAGUCCCGCCUAGGGUACAAGCCUACCCCGUCUCCCGUUUGGCCGUCUCUGGCUAG